CUCUCUUGUUUUCUUCUUACUUGUUUCCAUCCAUCCAUCCUUAUAUUCAAUUCAAGAUUGAUUUCUUGAUAAAAACCCUAAGCUUCUAUGCCACACCAUUUCCUCAUAUAAAUACCCCAAUCUCAAAACCAACGCAACUUAACAUCCAUCAAAUAUUCAACUAUGAACACUUCUCUAUUGCUUUCACUUCUUCUUUUGCUACCUCUCUUGGCCUCAUCUAUUGAUACCAAGGUGUAUGUCGUGUACUUACGACACAAUGAUGAUAACACAGAGAAAACAAUACAUGAGAUCGAACAAUACCAUCUUUCUUACUUGUUUUCUGUCAAACAAUUCGAAGAGGAAGCCAAAUCUAGCCUUCUUUACAGCUAUAAGCGUAGCAUCAACGGCUUUGCCGCUUCACUUACCGUCGACGAAGCCUCUCAACUCUCUGAUAUGGAGGAGGUGGUGAUGGUGAUUCCAAGCCAUGAAAGGGAGUACUCAUUGCAUACCACAAGAACAUGGAAAUUCGUAGGCUUAGACGAAGAACUAAAGCCAAAACAAUUGGAUAAAGAGGACUUGUUACUCAAAUCUCAAUACGGGAAAGAUGUCAUCGUUGGCAUGAUGGAUAGCGGAGUUUGGCCAGAGUCAGAGAGCUUCAACGAUAGAGGAAUGGGACCCAUUCCAGUUUCUUGGAAGGGUACAUGCCAAACUGGUCCUACUUUCAAGAAAUCACACUGCAACAGAAAACUAAUAGGAGCUCGAUAUUACCUCAAAGGUUAUGAAGCACGAUAUGGGCAUCUAAAUACCACCAACGAUAGCCGGUCCCCACGUGACAUGGAUGGGCAUGGGACCCACACAGCCUCGACUGUUGGAGGCCAAGGUGUGCCCAACGUCUCUGCCCUCGGUGGAUUUUCCAGUGGGACCGCCUUUGGCGGUGCACCACUGGCUCGCCUGGCGAUCUAUAAAGUCUGCUGGCCAGUACCAGGAAAAGGUAAAGAAGAGGGGAACACAUGCCUGUUUGAAGACAUGCUAGCCGCUUUCGAUGAUGCCAUUCGUGAUGGUGUUCAUAUUCUGAGCAUUUCUAUCGGAUCAUCAAGACCCAUCAAUUACACACACGAUGGUCUUGCCCUUGGAGCCCUUCAAGCAACCAAAAAUAACAUUUUGGUGGUAUGUAGCGGAGGUAACGAAGGCCCUGCUCCAUCGACAGUGGUUAACACUGCCCCAUGGAUUCUCACGGUUGCAGCAAGUUCCAUUGAUCGCACUUUUGUUGCUCCAGUUCAGCUAGGAAAUGGCAAAAAAAUCAAGGGGCAGUCAGCAACUCCAUACAAGCUACCACAGAGGAAAAUGUAUCAACUUGUUUAUGCAGCAGAUGUUGUGAAUGCAGAUGUACCUAAAACAUAUAUAGCAGGUCAAUGUCUACCUGGUUCUUUAUCAUCUAUAAAAGCCAAGGGAAAGAUCGUCUUUUGCUUGCGAGGUAACGGUACAAGAGUCGGAAAAGGGAUGGAGGUAAAGAGGGCUGGCGGUAUAGGGUACAUCUUAGGAAACAGCCCAGCCAACGGAGCUGAGUUAACCGUAGAUGCUCAUGUUCUUCCAGCAACUGCAGUUACAUCAGAGGAUGCAAUACAGAUUCUAAAAUACAUCAAUUCCACAAGAACCUCAACAGCAUAUAUCUAUCCAGGAAGAACUGUAUUACAAGCUAAACCAGCUCCAUCAAUGGCUGCCUUUUCAAGUAGGGGUCCAAGUGCGGUUUCUCCUGAGAUUCUCAAGCCUGAUAUCGCUGCACCAGGGUUGAAUAUAUUGGCAGCCUGGACAGAAGGUAAUUCUCCAACAAAGAUAGAGAGUGACCAUCGAAGGGUAAAGUACAACAUACUUUCAGGAACUUCAAUGGCUUGCCCUCACGUAUCCGCUGCAGCUGCACUGCUCAAAGCAAUUCACCCUGAUUGGAGCAGUGCCGCCAUAAAAUCUGCCCUUAUAACCUCUGCUGGACUACUUAACAAUGAGGGGAAGCAAAUAACUGAUGCAUCAGGCAAUCAGGCAGAUACAUUCCAGUUUGGAUCAGGUCAUUUCAGGCCAGAAAAGGCAGCUGAUCCUGGACUUGUCUACGAUGCUUCCUACAAUGAUUACCUGUUGUUCCUUUGCAGUCAUGGUGAUUUAGGAGCCAACACACCUUUCUUAUGCCCCAAAACAACACCCUCGACUCAAAAUCUGAACUACCCAUCUUUUGGUUUCCCAAAACUAAAUGGCAGGGUGACAGUGAGGAGAACUGUCACGAAUGUUGGGGGCAAAGGAAGUGUUUAUUUUGCCACUGUGGAACCGCCCUCUGGAAUCUCUGUGAAGGUGUCUCCACCUAUUAUGUACUUUAAGCAUGUAGGCGAGAAGAAGAGUUUUGAGUUAACGGUGGAAGCAAAAGAAGAUAGGCAGAUUGGGACAGUGAAGAAAAGUAUGUACUCAUUUGGGUGGCUCACGUGGAGUGAUGGCAUCCAUAUUGUUCGCAGUCCUAUCGCAGCAUCUCCUGUGUAGUGAUUAUUAUCUUAAAAAAAAUAUGUAUCAGAUAGAAAGUUCUUGGAAAACACAAGAACACGGACAAAUAAUUUAUGAACUAAACAAUACGUACAAAUACGAAAUCAAGAAGUUGCAAAUUAUGU